AUGCCACCUCUUGUUUUACUUGCCGUGUCUCUUACAUUCGUGGCCUGGCUCUUCUCGAAGCCUGCUGGUGUCACCGUCGCUCUCGAUAUUCCAACCGUAUCCUACGGCCGUCCCGUCCCUGACUUUAUCAACCGGCUCCUGUUCGUCGUCAAGGGCCCGGCUCUCAUCUAUGAGGGCUACAGAAAGAGUGUUUGUGGCCAGUAUACCGGUAUUCUGAUUGACAACAACCUGCCGGCCCACACUGUUACCAAAAAGCUGAAUCCAGCCCUGACUCGGCUUAUUCCCAAAGUUGUUGACGAGCUUCAGCAUGCUUUUGAAGUCGAAGUGCCUGAAUGCAACGAUAAAUGGGUUCCCGUCAACAUUUACUACCUGAUUCUGAAGCUCAUUAACCGGUCCACAUCCCGCAUAAUUGUCGGCGACACCCUCUGUCGAAGCGAACAAUGGCUCGACACCGUGACCAGAUACACAGAGAACCUAGGCUUGACAAUCAUACUUCUUCGUCCUCUUCCCCGAUUUCUCCGUCCCUUAGUCGCAAGGAUCCUCCCAAGCGUCCGGUACCUCAAAAGGACCCUCAGAUGGGUCACAGAGGAUGUCUUCGUGCCGAUGAUUCUGCAACGCCGUGAAGCCGAAGCUAGCGACCCCGAAUACCAGAAGCCUGACGACUUCAUGCAAUGGAUGAUGGAUAGCGCGGAUAGCGAGUUUGAUAAAGAUCCCGGGAACAUCGCCCACGGGUUGAUGAUCAUAAUGGCAUUGGCUGUCAUUCAUACCUCCACUAUGCUCAUAACCCAGGGCCUGUACGAUCUCAUGAUCCGCCCCGAGUACCUAGAGCCCCUGCGUCAUGAGAUCAUUGAUACACUCAAAGACGGCUGGGCAAAUGCUACCAAGGCCGACUUUGCGGCUCAGGUUCAUCUGGAUAGUUUCCUCCGUGAGUCUCAGCGCUUGCACCCUACCAGUGAAGUCAACGUCCAUCGAAUCGCGAGAGAAACAAUAGUAUUCCCUGACGGCUUCAAAAUCCCCAAAGGCACAUACGUCACCUUCCCAGCCGGACCCCUCUCACGGGACCCAUCCCUCAUCGACUCCCCCGAAACCUUCGAUGGGUUCCGAUGGUGUAAGGACCCUGAGGCUCGCAAUCAAAGCCUUGUCUCGGUAAAUCAGCUGAACCUACAUUUCGGGUUUGGACGUCAGGCUUGUCCUGGCCGCCACUUUGCGACCAAUACAUCCAAGGCGAUUCUCAGCCGCCUGCUUGUUGAAUAUGACAUGAAGUUUGAGGAGGGGAAGGAGGGGAAGCGGCCUAUGAAUAUUCGGAAUGGGGAGCAGAUUAUGCCUAACUUCUACACGAAGGUUUUGCUUAAGAAAAGGCCGGUGAAUAUUUAG